AAGAGGUCAAGGUUACGAUGGGGCCAGUAACAUGAGAGGGGAGUGGAACGGAUUGAAAGCUCUAAUUCUCAAUGAGUGCCCAUAUGCAUAUUAUAUUCAUUGCAUGGCUCAUCAGCUUCAGUUGGCCCUCGUAGCAGCAUCAAGGGAGGUACAUGAGGUACACAAUUUUUUUCAGCAUGCAAAUUUCAUCAUAAAUGUUGUUAGUACUUCUCCUAAGCGCAACGAUGAGUUGCUAGCAAAACAAGCAGAGGAAAUUGCCCAUGAAAUUGAAUUGGGAGAGCUUGACACAGGACGAGGGGCAAAUCAGAUUUCCUCCCUACAAAGGCCAGGGGACACUAGAUGGAGUUCCCACUAUAGGUCUAUUCUAAGCUUAAAGAAGAUGUUUGGUGCCACAGUUUCAGUCCUACGCAACAUUGCUAAUGAUCGUUCAGUUUCAAAGUAUUCUCGGGGAGAUGCCAGUGGUGCCUUACGAAUCAUUGUCACAUUUGAUUUUGUGUUUAUUCUACUCCUAAUGGAAAAGAUUAUGAAGAUCACUGAUGUAUUGUGCCAGACACUCCAAAAGAAGAGCAUUGAUAUCUUAAAUGCGGUGGAUUCUGUUUCUACCACAAAAGUGUUGCUUGGUGAGUUGCGAGAUAAUGGUUGGGAACCUCUUCUUGAGGAGGUCAAAUUAUUUUGUGGAAAGCACGAAAUUGAUAUUCCGGAUCUGAGUAAGAAGUAUGUUGAUGUGACAAAAUCUCGAAACAAGAACGACAACACCACAGCCUUUCACCAUUACAAAGUAGAUGUGUUUAAUGUUGCAAUUGAUCAACAGCUAGCAGAGUUAGAAGAUCGAUUCAGUUCUCAAGCGACAGAGCUUUUGUCCCUUUGUGCUUCUUUGGAUCCUAGGCUGGACACAUUCAACAUAGACAAUAUAUGCACUCUGGUAGAAAAAUAUUAUCCUGCUGAUUUCUCAAGUCAAGAAAGAGCUCAAUUAGAGUGUCAGCUGCCACAUUUUCAAAUUGAUGUAUGCAACAGUCCAGAACUAAAGGAAUUAUCAACACUUGCUGAUCUAACAAGUGGACUAUUUAAAACAGGAAAAUAUUCAUCUUAUCCUAUGGUGGACAGGUUAUUAAGAUUAGUAUUAACUCUUCCAGUAUCAACUGCAACCACCGAAAGAUGCUUUUCAGCUAUGAAACUUGCGAAGACACGUCUCAGAUGUACAAUGGGAGAUGGAUUUCUGCGAGAUUGUUUGGUAAUUUAUAUUGAGAAGGAAUUGGCUGCAUCAAUCAGUACUGAUGAUAUUAUUACAGCAUAUGAUCUUGCUGCUAGUCGAAGAGCUAAAUUUAAAUUGAUAGAUAUGUAAUUUUAUUUUGGUUAAGACUUAUAAAACAUACUAUUAUUAUAUCAUUAUAUGUGACUAAAAUCAGCUCACGUGGCUAUCGGUUCUACAUUGCUUUGUUCAUUGCCCCCCCUUACUUCAAAUCCUGG